AUACACCAGUGCAGUUUCCCGUCGCUCUACCUGACAACUAACGCAACCCUGACUGAUUCCCUUCGCUUUGUCAGACAGCAGAGGUAGCUUCCGCUUUAGAGACGCCUGACUGCAUGACCUCCCGCUUUUGGGCGUGACGCCCCAGGCCGUUCAGUCAUUGCUAUCUCUGUACCAAGAAAAGGGUAGGGCUCGUUUCAGCUACGUUCUUCAGAAAAUAUAACUUUCCGUCGACAGCCGGAAAGAGAGAACACGUUCUGAGACGACAGCCGGAAACCACUUACGCCAUUUCCGAUCGUACUCCCAGCGACGUCGAUUCGAUCACCUACCUCCUUCCCGCAUAGUAACUCUGAGCGCUGAAUCGUCGCCGUCCACUUUCGGCCUGACGGGUAGGAUUGACCGCGGAUUCUCGUAUCCAUUACGAAAGAAGACGCGUUCGUCCAGCUGGUACUCACUGACCGCCAUUAUCGUCAGAGAUAGAUUAUUAGGCGCCUCAAAAGUCGUCCCGCUGGUACUCACUGACUACCAUGAUCGUCAGAGCUAGUACCAUCCGCGGCGGCCGAACACCAUAGGUUCUCGCGUGGUGGUCCCGUAAGCUCGCAGCGGCGGCUGACUUUGAAUGCCAUGUGUCAGUCCGGGAUUCGCUCCGGCGCGUCAGGAGUUUCAAUUAGGGUGCAACCUAUCAGAGAAAAUAAUCUACUAUCGAGGAGGGACCCCCUCCUAAAACCUCGUCGAAGGCGAUGAAUCUCUGCCGCGUCUCGCGUCGCAGACUGGGGGUUCACGUAGGGACCAGGUGUCUCGUUUGGGUUACGCUUCUCCUCUCUUUCGCAGCCGCCGCUCGCAUCGCCUAUGGUCUCGUCGACUGUUACAAUCUAACGAAUCCAAGUGUCUCGUCUAACCUCCUCUCGAACCCAAGCUUCGAUACAAGCUGUCUCGAUAUAGGAUGGCGACGCAAGAAGCUGAACGCGUCGUGCGACCCGUGGCCGUACCUUUUCCCCUGGCGCGCCUUAGGACCUGGCGAAACCGUCAUAGGCGACUGCGAAUUAGUCACCGCAACUGGCUCCGGAAAUAGCGGAAAGCGCUCCGCGCAAGCGGUGGCGAGAGCAGCUGGAACGGCGGGGUGGACGGCAAGAGGAGUGGCGUCGCUUGCUGACGUGACAAUAGCCGAUGGGGUCGUAGGAUUUACGGACACCCUGCUGGCAGCUGACGGCUCCCGGUUUUUGCGGCUGGAUUCCGCUUUUUCCGCGGCCUCUAGUGCCGCCGGUGCUGGUAGCAGUAGCGAGUCCGACGGGCCAGGCGUGUCGCAAGCGCUGUGCGCUCUUAAACCCGCGCCGACGGCCAACGCCUCGCAGCAGGCGCAGCAGUCCCCGCGCCUGCUGUCCCUCUCGUUCUUUGCGCGCGCCAGCCAGUGCGCGGAGGGGGAGGGGGAAGGGGAGGGGGAGGAGAGGCGGCUGUUGAGGGUGCUGCUAGUGGCAGUUCCCCUCAAUGCUUCAGCAGCAGCAGCAGGGGGAGGAGGGGCAGGAGCGCAAGCAGCGGAGCAGGUGUUGGGGGAGUGGCGGGUGGGCGUGCCGUGUGGGGGCAGAAGCGCGAGUGUGUCCGGCGCCUUGCCGUGGUUCCAAGUAGGUCCCCUCCGCUUCGCCCUCCCGGACCCUCCCUCUUCCUCCUCCUCUCCCUCCUCGUUGGUAGUGCCUGCAGGGGGGUUUGCGCUACAUUUGGUGAUUCGAGGCGUGCAAACCAGCAGCAGCAGCAGCACUGCCACUAUCAGAAGUAUUUCCAGCAGCAGUGCCACAGUCACCGCCACAAGCACCGCCAGUGCCAGCAGCAGCAGUGACAGCAGCAAUGGCGACAGCAGCAGAACCACCAGCGCCAGCACCACCAGCUCCAGUGCCGUUGACAGCAGGCCCAGUAGAGGCAUUACUACCACCGCUUCGUCGUUGGGACUUCUGAUCCGAUCUGCUCCACAGCCUCUUGCUCACGCUGCGUCGGCUCUAGGAAGGCUCAGGUUCCCUACACUGAACCUCCCUGGCCUACGGGCCUUUGGACGAAGGCACUUCCGAAGCUACGGGCUAGAAAGAGCGACAGCGGCAACAGCAGUGACAGCGGCAACAGCAGCGGCACGCGCAGUGCAAGCAGCUGCUGGGAUAGCAGCAGCUAAUGCAGUGCCCGUAUCCCAGACUGCUACAGUCGCAGCGGAGGGCCAGAGUGCUACAGUAGCAGCGGAGGGCCAGAGUGCUACAGUAGCAGCGGAGGGCCAGAGUGCUACAGUAGCAGCGGAGGGCCAGAGUGCUACAGUAGCAGCGGAGGGCCAGAGUGCUACAGUAGCAGCGGAGGGCCAGAGUGCUACAGUAGCAGCGGAGGGCCAGAGUGCUACAGUAGCAGCGGAGGGCCAGAGUGCUACAGUAGCAGCGGAGGGCCAGAGUGCUACAGCAGCAGCGGAGGGCCAGAGUGCUACAGCAGCAGCGGAGGGCCAGAGUGCUACAGCAGCAGCGGAGGGCCAGAGUGCUACAGCAGCAGCGGAGGGCCAGAGUGCUACAGCAGCAGCGGAGGGCCAGAGUGCUACAGUAGCAGCGGAGGGCCAGAGUGCUACAGCAGCAGCGGAGGGCCAGAGUGCUACAGCAGCAGCGGAGGGCCAGAGUGCUACAGCAGCAGCGGGAGAGGAGGGUGUGAGAGCAAGGACGGCAGCAGCAUUCACACUUGCAGCAAGUACGGGCGGGGCAGGAGGGGCCAAGAAGGUGGUUCCGAGGAGAGUGGGAGUGGCGUCAGAAGCAGGGAGCACCGCCAUUGACCUCGCCUCAGUCGUGCCCACGCAGACCGACCCCUCCACUGUGAAGUCCUUCUGCUUUUGGCCCAUCAAGACCACCCACCCGCUGCUCACAGCGGGGUCGGCCCGUCGCAGCCCCUCCUCCCUGGCCCUCACCGCCCUCUCCGACGUCAACUCCGCCGCCCUCGCCCUGCACCCCGCGCCCUUCGCCCUGCUCGCCCCGGCCACGCCCGCCUCGCCCUGCCGCCCCUUCUCCUUCGCCACCUCCUUCGCCUUCCGCAUCUCCUCCCCCAACGCUGCUGGGCUCGGUGCACACGGCAUGGCGUUUGUCAUGCUGCCCGAACCCACUCUCGGCUUGCCAGGGCCCUCCCUGGGCUAUGGCCGCGUGCUGGUGCCAGCGGGGAGAGUCUCUUCCACCUCUGACGCCAACGUCAGCAGUGUGGCAUCGUCUCAGCAGCACAGCUUGGCAGUGGAGUUCGACACGUCAGGAUCGCCGGAGUUCUUCGACCGGCCCGACCACCACGUGGGGGUGAAUGUGGACUUCAGCCUGGUGUCGCUGGCCUCCGCCUCCGUUCACCCCGUGGGCCUCCCCGCCCUCAACUCCGGCCAGACCCUCCUCGCCUCCAUCCUCUACAACGCCUCCUCCUCCCAACUCUCCGUCUGGCUCUCCCCGGCUUCUUCCUCCUCCCCCCCCUCCCCUGCCCUCCCGCGCUCCGCGGUGCUCUCCACGUUUCUGGACACCUGCGAGUGGCUGGGGGGCAACGACCCCAAUGCGGAGGCGCCCCCCCCGCCGCUGUUUGUGGGGUUCACUGCAGGCACGGGCCAGGGGGCGGAGCAGGCCCAGGCGCAUGAGGUGCUGGGGUGGAGGUUCCAAGUGGGGGAGGCUGUGGAUCCGCUUCCCUUCUGGGCGGCAGACUCCUUCUCUAUCCCCUACAUCACGCCAGCCACUCCCCUGCUGACACGUGGCAGCACACGGAAACGGUUCUUCGCUGCCGAUCUGUCUGUCGCUGCUGAUGUGGCAUCCGCCAGCCAGUCGAAUGAGCCCGCCCCUGGUGCCAUCUUCUUCCCUCGCCGUCUCCCCCUCCUCUACUCCUCCGCCUCGUCUCCCUUCCCUCCUCCCCCUCCUCCUCCUCCCACCCGCCGCCGCACCUCCCUUCCGUCUCCUUCCUCCCCUCCUCCCCAAGCCACGCCUACUGCUCCUCCUGUUUGCAUGGCUCGUUCCUUCACUUUCACAUACGGAUUCGCUAUGAAUGUUUCCGCCACUCAAGGACUGGCGUUCGUUAUAAGCACACACGCAAGCCUGGGCCAAGGCGGGGCUUAUAUGGGGUACGGACGAGACCCGUCCUCACGACUUGCUAAUGGCAGCUGGCCGGACGGGGCUCGGAGCGUCGCUGUGGAGUGGGACACUGUAGCUAAUCCAGAAACGGGCGAUAUGAAUGGUAUACACAUGGGGAUUAACACUGAUUUUAACAUGACAUCGAUUUUCGCUAAAAAGGUUUUGUAUGUGAUGGAUCCGGAUGAGGCGUGGCAAAUGAGGGUUGACUAUAACGGGAGCACCAAGGAGUUGGCGAUUAGAUGGUACUUUCCUCCCGUGUUGCGAGGCAGCAUGAAGCUGACCAUUGACCUCUGUGCUGCGCUCACUGGUGCUGCUGCUGAUGGUGGUGGAAGCAGCAGUAGUGGCAGUGGUGAUAGCAGCAGUGGUAGCAGCAGCAGCAGCGCCCCUGAUCUGUCGUCUCCCUCCUUCGGCCAUCUCUUCGUUGGCUUCACCAGUGCUGCUCUCCCCGCCGCUGCUGGGAGGCUGCUUGGACUCGUCUCCCUCACCUCCUGGACCUUCCGAUUCACAGACACUGACCCCUGCAAGGGCUCCCCCGUGCUCCCCUGUGGCAUGGGCGUCUGUUCCAAGGUUCCCAGUCAGUGGGACCCCUCUCUCCUCGUGCCCUCCUGCAAGUGCCCCUUGAAGCUGCCCACCUUCGAGCCCUCUCACCUCACCAGACUGCCCUCCUGCUUCCCUGAGGCCUACACGUGUCGCCAGCUCCCCCGCAACCCGUGUGCCCCUGGGGUGUGCAUCGACGAUGGGGAUGGCUCCUACUCCUGCCUCUGCCCCUCGCCCUACUUCCCCUUCUCCUUCACCUCCAAGGGCCCUGACCGCUGCUCUCUUUUGCGAGGGAAUGCUGUUCGAAUGCCUACCUUUCUAUCGCCCCACGGCCUCACAUGCCCUCUCAUUCUCAACACCUAUGGACUGACUCAAAAUGACUUCCUCGGCCAAAACAGGGGCUUCCAAUGCCGCGCUCCCAUUCCCGUUGGCACACCGAUUAACGUGACCAGUCGAGCCUUUUCUAACUGUACAUCAAUGUACACCGCUAAUUAUGGUGACACGUGUGACUCGAUCAACGCCCUCUUCUCCACUCAAAUAGAGCCGCUCAACCCCGCCCUCAGCUGUUCUGAUGGGCCCAGGCACGGGCAGCUUCUCUGUAUUGACUUUGACCAAGCAUGGCUUGACACUGGAAAGGUCAACGUAAACUGCGACCACUACGCGUACAUCACCCCAACCCUAACCCCUCCCGGCGCGCAACAACCAUUUCCAUACAGCAGCGGGGGCGCGCUCAUAAGCGUGCUGCCCAGCCCUCAGAGCUGCCAGGCGCUCUGGCAGACCUUCAGCAUUGCCUCUCCCACGCGCUUCUUCCAGCUCAACCCGGGCUUCUCCUGUGACUCGCUGCUGCCGUACAGCCCGCUGCAAGGCAAUUUCAAUGCAAAGGUGUGCAUGGCUGGGACUGACACUCGGCCGCUCUCGGGGCUCACAUGCACCACCAGGAGAACAUACAGCGUGCGGCGUGGAGACACGUGCGGGGUUGUGAUCGCCAAGAGAUACCGCCGCAGCACUGACCUGUUUAGGAACCUCAACAACGGCUAUGACUGCUCGGUGAACAGCUUGUGGGCUGGCAUGCUGCUCUGUUUGCCUUGAAUGAAUUACCCUAAUCGUUGUGUACAGUAACACCAAAGCAAUUUUACCCACUAACCAGGACCUGAUUCCGAACCAACACCGGUACCACCAUCCCGUCCUUCGUCAAAUGGUGUGUUGAUUUCAGG